UCCUCUCAAUAGCACCGCGCCGCUGCCGCCCGGAAUCCGCCGCCACCUCGUAUCACAUAAAAAAAGUGUUACAGUUACACACUUGUUGGAGUUUCUGCAUCACAAUCACAAAGUCGCGAGACUAUAAGGGAAAAGAGGAAAACCUGCUGUGAAGAUGCGCAGACUAUAAGGGAAAACACGAAUGAUAAUAAAAUGAGGUUAGCAAGCAUUUCCUGCAUGACCACAGAGGUUGCGUUGUCUGUCUUGCUUGUCUCCCAUCAGAGUGUGUAACUGUAACACUUUUUUCUUGCGAUACCUCGGCGGGCAGAAUUACAUGGACGAAU